AUGUUCUUCACCAAAGCUUUCUCUCUUAUCACCGCUUUCUUGGCCGUUGCUACUCAAGCAUCUCCCACUCCUGAGGUGGGGCCCGUCGAAGUUCGAAUUGCAAGCACUACCCACACCGGUGACGUUACCUUCUACACCCCUGGUUUAGGUGCCUGUGGACACACCAACAAUGCCAACGAGUUUGUCGCUGCCGCUGCUGCACCGGUCUUUGACACCUUCCCUGGUGCAACGGCCAAUCCUAACAAUAAUCCUAUCUGCGGAAAACAGACUACGGUUACUUAUCAAGGCAAAUCUGUCACUGUUACGCUAGUCGACCGCUGCCCCGGUUGCGGAAAUGGUGGAAUCGACCUUUCGCCAGCUGCAUUCCAGAGGUUGGCGUCUCUUGAUAAAGGCAGGCUCUCCGGUGCUCAGUGGAGUGUCUAG